AUGGACUCCGAUGAUGAGAGCGUGAUCGUAGGUACAGACUGGGAGGCUGUAGGACCAUUCCCGAGUGGGAUGCGAGAACACCCUUUCACAGGAUCUCCACUCUCAGCAUUCCUUGAUCCCUCGAUUGACCUAGAUGUUGAUAUCGCUUCUAGACCUUAUAAAGAUGAUGAGAGUUGGCCUAGUGAGCUGGGGAAUGGUGGAAGAGUGGGUUGGAAGAAGUUCCAAACGGGCGAUGAUGGAUGGUUGGAUAUAUCCUAUCCAGAAAUCAAUUGGAACCAACUUCGAUCCGACCACGGAUGGUCAUCACUCCAAUACCAAUCGAUCCUUCGUACCUCCCUUCAUGUCCCCAAAAUUCAUGAUCAAUCAAAGACACCAAUCAAGAUAGACGUCACUCAAGGUGUUGAAUACGCUUUCGUCCCGGUGGGCCAUGCAGAGCAUACAGGUCCAGUAGAAUGGUAUUCAGGCGAUAUCUAUGCAUUCUCUGAAACACCCACUGGACAAAGAGAGGCAACUUCCAAAACAUCCAACUUCGCUAGAUCUCUGUCCCUCGGACCGGGAAGGUAUACGUUGUUGGUCAAAGCGAUUUAUGAAAUUAGGAUGUUUGGUGAUCCCGGUUCAUCCGUUCCUCCUACCAUAAGACUCAAGGUGGUAGCUGAGCUUGAUAGAGUGAAGGAAAUGGAGAUGAUAGAUGGGUUAGGGGAAAUGCCAGAUAUGUUAGAUGGAUGGUUCAUGGGUGAUUGGAUCUCUGUUGGAAUAAGGGUUCCGGACGGGAAUGAGGAUAUAGAAGUUAUUGGUAUAGAAAGCCCUUUUGGAUCGGCCGUGUCACUUAGCUUACCUGGCGUAGCAAGGGUGACAUCAGGACAGAUAAGACCGGUAUCAAUCAAGCUGGAACAGCGUAAAGCAUUACCGAGCUAUAUACAAUCUAUCAAAAUUAUACUCAGAGUCAAAGUCGGGAGUGAAGAGAAAGACUACAUCUGGCAUCCACGGUUCAAGCAUUUUCAUCUCAAAGACAACGAUCAGAUACCACCUUUUAGGAUCACUUUCUCAUCGUCAUCGUCGACGACAUUUUCUACUUCAGUUAUACCCGCCUCAAUCUCACACGCUAUGAUCGUUCCACCGCCAGACUCCAACUUAUUUCACAAAUCAACGGCGACGAAUCAGCUACGGCCGGUGUUACUGAUCUUACAUGGUGCAGGAGUGGACAUAACCGAGCCCAUGAUGCCUCAAGCUGUUCCUUCUAUACCUGCCUAUUGGGUGGUUUUACCGACCGGUAGGAAUGAGUGGGGAGAGGAUUGGCAUGGAGGUAGUAUGCAGGAUGUAUGGUCAGCUAGAGAAGCUUUCGGGAGGAUUAUCCAGAAGAUUGGAAUUGAGGUGUCUAAUGAAACUAUCUUGAUGGGUCAUUCGAAUGGAGGACAAGGAGCUUGGCACCUUGCUGCUAGGUAUCCUGAUAGGAUCGUUGGUAUGGUGGCUGCCUCUGGAUGGUUGACGAUACAGGACUACGUACCCUAUACCGAGCAAACUUCGAGACAUUACGCGGAUCCGGCAUUGAUGGGUGUACUGACUUCGUCCCUCUCACCUUACAACAACGACCUCUACCUAUCCAACCUCGUCAAUAUCCCUAUUAUGGUGAUUCACGGUUCAGACGACGAUAACGUCCCGCCACGCCAUUCACGUUCAUACCUUUCCAUCCUCUCCUCAUGGGCAGGCAAGCAAGAUGGCGGUGUGAUGAAAUAUCUAGAAGUAGAGAAAAAAGGUCAUUGGUGGGAUGAUGUGAUCAAGUCUACAGAUGUGGUGGUAUUCAUCCAGAAUAUACCAAAGAAGAAAAGCUGGGAUGAACAGCGUAAGGAAGGAUUCACAUUGACCACUGUCAACCCACAGGAAAGUGGUGGACGAGCUGGUAUCAGGAUUGUAGAAUUGGAUAUACCGGGUAGGAUAGGAAGGUUAGAUGUUAAUGCUAGACAGUGGAGGGAUAGUAAUCCUGCUAAACCACUUGAUCUCAGAGGGAUGAACAUCAAGAAAAUCGAAUUGAUUUCACAAAAUACCGGAGAAAAAGAGACUUUGACUAAAUCUUCGCAGAAUGGAGAAUGGGCUCAAUCUAUUAUAAUUGGUCCACUCACGCCCCCUAGAGCAUAUGGACCAAUGAUUAGAAUACUUUCAACAGCCGGUCCAAUGGUGGUUAUCUGUCCGGAUGUGCCAAGAUUGACGAAUGUGGCUAAGAGGAUAGUACAUGAUCUAUACGUCUAUCAUAGGUUGGACAGUGAGAUUAUAGAUGAUCGAGAGGGUUUAUUGAGAGUUGCCAAAGGACAGAUAGGGGAAAGUAAUUUGGUGGUUCUUGGUAGACCUGACGAGGACCUGUUUGUUAAUUGGAUGAUCAAGCAAGGAAAGAUACCUGUUAAAUUCCCCACAAAAGGUGUGAUGUUGGUCGAAGACAAAGUGGUGUACGAUCGUGGUGCAGGCAUAAUCACACUACAUCCCCAUCCUACGUCAGUCAAAGCCCUUUCAAUGCUCAUAGCAGGGAACGAUGAUUUAGGAUUGGAAUUGGCAGCUAGGUUGUUCCCUAUCAGAACGGGUGUAAUGCUUCCUGAUUGGGCAAUAGUAGGGCCUCAAGCGAGAUGGAAGGGUGCAGGUGGAUUCAUAGGUGCAGGGUAUUGGAAUGAUGAGUGGGGUUGGAGUUCAGCGAUGUCAUGGAUGGAUCGAUAG